UUUACCUUUUUUUAUAAUUGAAAUAAAAUGUGUUACGUUAGUAAUGAUUAAAACCAUUUUUAAGAAUGCAUAGGACUUGAAAAUUUUCUGAAAACUCGAAAAAGUUCAUAAUUCAAAAUAUAUGAACUUUUCUGUUUGUUGUGGCAGUGUUUAAAGUGUUUUAAAAUUAAAUAAAUACAAAAGAGGAAAAAUGACAGAUGAAUCGGAUUCACUUUCAGAGGAAGAACGAAGUUUAUUUCGACCUUUCACAAGGGAAUCUUUGAAGGUUAUCGAAGCACGUAUUGCAGAAGAGCAAGCGAAACAAAAAGAAUUGGAACGGAAAAGAGCAGAAGGAGAGGUUGAAUAUGGGAGACAGUCAAAGAAAAAAGAAAUACGGUAUGAUGAUGAUGAUGAAGACGAGGGACCACAACCAGAUCCAACAUUGGAACAGGGCGUACCAGUACCUGUUAGGAUGCAGGGUGGAUUUCCAGCAGAGCUUGCAUCAACACCUUUGGAGGAUAUUGAUACAUUUUACUCUAACAAAUUGACGUUUGUUGUAGUUAGCAAAGGAAAGGACAUUUUUCGGUUCUCAGCAACAGAUGCUCUUUGGGUAUUAGAUCCUUUCAAUCCAAUUAGAAGAGUAGCAAUCUAUGUCUUGGUGCAUCCACUCUUUUCAUUAUUUAUCAUAAUAACAAUUUUGACAAACUGUAUAUUAAUGAUAAUGCCUAGCUCACCCCGAGUUGAAUCAACCGAAGUGAUAUUUACUGGAAUUUACACUUUCGAGUCAGCAGUAAAAGUUAUGGCAAGAGGCUUUAUUUUGCAACCUUUUACAUAUUUAAGGGAUGCUUGGAAUUGGUUGGAUUUCAUUGUUAUAGCUUUAGCUUAUGUUACUAUGGGGAUUGAUUUGGGAAACUUAGCUGCAUUAAGAACAUUCAGAGUAUUACGUGCCCUAAAAACGGUGGCAAUUGUACCGGGUUUGAAAACAAUCGUGGGUGCCGUUAUAGAAUCAGUGAAGAAUUUGAGAGAUGUAAUUAUUUUAACAAUGUUUUCAUUAUCUGUGUUUGCUUUGAUGGGCCUUCAAAUUUAUAUGGGUGUUCUUACACAAAAAUGUAUUAAAGUUUUUCCAACGGAUGGAUCAUGGGGAAACUUAUCACAUGAAAACUGGGCUGCAUUCAAUAAUAAUAAAUCUAACUGGUUUUGGGGUGAUCCUCCAGCACAGGAUCCUCCUUUAUGUGGAAACUCAUCUGGUGCAGGAACUUGUCCUCCGGAUUAUAUAUGUCUCCAGGGCUUUGGACCAAAUCCUAAUUAUGGAUAUACAAGUUUCGAUACGUUUGCUUGGGCAUUUUUAUCGGCUUUCCGUUUAAUGACUCAGGAUUAUUGGGAAAAUUUGUAUCAAUUGGUGCUACGUUCAGCUGGUCCAUGGCAUAUGCUCUUCUUCAUUGUGAUUAUCUUCUUGGGUUCGUUCUACCUUGUAAAUUUGAUUUUGGCUAUUGUAGCCAUGUCGUAUGACGAACUCCAGAAGAAGGCCGAAGAGGAAGAAGCAGCCGAAGAAGAGGCAUUAAGGGAAGCUGAAGAAGCGGCUGCUGCCCGAGCAGCAAAACUUGAAGCUCAAGCUGCUGCAGCUGCAGGUGGCGGUGAUCAACAUAAUAGUCAUGCCGAACAAAAUGCAAAUAUGGCAAAAAGCCCUUCAGACUUUUCGUGUCAUAGCUAUGAAUUAUUUGUCGGACAAGAAAAAGGAAAUGAUGAUAACAAUAAGGAAAAAAUUUCAAUCAAAAGCGAAGGUUUGGAAUCAGUUGAUAAUAUGUCAAGAUCAAUAGGACAAUCUGAAACCCUUGCAGCUAAAGUGCGAAAAGCUUCCUUAUCAUUGCCAGGAUCUCCUUUCAACAUAAGAAGAGGAUCAAGAGGCUCGCAUCAGUUUACUAUUAGAAAUAAUAGAGGACGUUUCACAUGCAUUAAUGGAAAUGAUCGGAAACCACUGGUUUUAUCCACUUAUUUAGAUGCUCAGGAACAUUUACCAUAUGCAGAUGACUCAAAUGCCGUUACGCCUAUGUCUGAAGAAAAUGGAAAUAUUUUAGUGCCCAUGUACUACAAUUUAGGAUCUCGACAUUCUUCAUACACCUCGCAUCAAUCGAGAAUAUCUUACACUUCGCAUGGUGAUUUAUUAGGGGGUAUUACUAAGGAGAGCAGACUUCGGGGUCGUUCCUCAAAACAUGCAAAUCCAAUUGUUCAACAACCACUUAGCACAGCGAACAUAAACUAUGUAGAAUCUAAUCACAAAGGACAGCGAGACUAUGAGGCACCAAUGGAUCGACAUUCUGAUAUAGUAAAGGUUAAACAAAACGACAAUCCAUUUGUUCAGCAAACACAGACACAAACAGUGGUUGAUAUGAAAGAUGUAAUGGUGUUAAAUGAUAUUAUAGAACAAGCCGCAGGUCGCCAGAGUAGGGACAGUGAUCAUGGAGUCUCUGUGUACUACUUUCCAACAGAACAUUGUGAAGAUGAUGAUGAUGAAGAUGGGCCUACUCUAAAAGAGAAAGCUAUUGAAUUACUUCUCAAAGGUCUUGAUAUAUUUUGUGUGUGGGAUUGCUGUGAGCCUUGGUUGAGAUUUCAGGAAUGGGUUGCUUUUAUCGUAUUCGAUCCUUUUGUUGAACUAUUUAUAACAUUGUGUAUUGUGGUAAACACAUUAUUUAUGGCUUUAGAUCAUCACGACAUGGAUAAGGAUAUGGAAAAAAUUUUAAAGAGCGGUAACUACUUUUUCACAGCAACAUUCGCAAUUGAAGCAACCAUGAAAUUAAUGGCUAUGAGUCCCAAAUAUUAUUUCCAGGAAGGAUGGAACAUCUUUGAUUUUUUCAUAGUUGCCUUAUCUUUAAUUGAGUUAGGAUUAGAAGGUGUUCAGGGUCUUUCUGUAUUAAGGUCCUUUCGUUUGUUACGUGUAUUUAAGUUAGCUAAGUCAUGGCCUACACUAAAUUUAUUGAUUUCAAUCAUGGGUAGAACCAUGGGAGCUUUGGGUAAUCUUACCUUCGUAUUAUGUAUCAUCAUUUUCAUAUUUGCUGUUAUGGGAAUGCAGCUUUUUGGAAAAAAUUAUUAUGAUAACGUGAGCAGAUUUCCAGAUGGAGAACUGCCAAGGUGGAAUUUCACAGACUUUAUGCAUUCAUUCAUGAUCGUGUUUCGAGUCUUAUGUGGCGAAUGGAUUGAAUCUAUGUGGGACUGUAUGCUUGUUGGUGAUGCUUCAUGUAUUCCCUUCUUUUUAGCCACAGUUGUCAUUGGAAAUUUGGUCGUUCUUAAUUUAUUCUUGGCUUUGCUUUUGAGCAACUUUGGAUCAUCGAGUUUAUCAGCACCUACAGCAGAUAAUGAUACGAAUAAAAUAGCAGAAGCUUUUAAUCGAAUCUCUCGAUUUUCCAAUUGGAUAAAGCAAAGUAUUAGGAACUGUCUAAAAUAUUUGAAGGAUAAAAUUACAAGUCAAAUAUCUGUACAACCAUCAGUCAAGCGAAUGUGUCCCUGUUUCACUUCAGAGCUUAAAGAUAAUGACAUGUGUAUGACAGCAGAUGAGAUCUUAGUAGACGGUUUGAUCAAGAAAGUCGUAAAAGAACAAAAUCAAUUAGAGGUUGCUAUUGGCGAAGGAAUGGAAUUCACCAUACAUGGUGAUGUAAAAGCUAAGACGAAAAAAUCUAAGCACUUAAUGAAUAAUUCAAAGAUGAUUGGUAAUUCUAUUAACAGCCAGAUAGAUAAUAGGUUCGAACAUGAGUUGAACGAUAGAGGAUUAUCUCUUCAAGAUGAUGAAACAAUUAGUAUAAAAUCUUAUGGAAGUCAUAAAAAUCGUGAUUUCAAAGAUGAGAGUCACAAAGGAAGUGCCGAAACAGUCGAUGGCGAAGAAAAACGAGAUGUCAGCAAAGAAGACUUGGGCAUUGAAGAAGAUGAUGAAGAUGGAGAAGAAGGUCCAUUAGAAGAGGAAAUUAUUAUACAUGCAGACGAAGAUGAAGUUAUCGAAGAUGCCCCGUCAGAUUGUUGUCCUGAUAACUGUUACAAGAAAUUCCCCUUUUUAGCAGGAGAUGAUGAUGCACCAUUUUGGCAGGGAUGGGCAAAUCUUCGACUAAAAACAUUUCAACUGAUAGAAAAUAAAUACUUUGAGACAGCAGUCAUUUCAUUGAUAUUAUUGAGCAGUUUAGCUUUAGCAUUGGAGGAUGUUAAUUUACCUAAUCGUCCAAUUCUUCAGGAUAUAUUAUAUUAUAUGGAUCGGAUUUUUACGGUUAUAUUUUUCAUCGAGAUGUUAAUAAAAUGGUUAGCAUUAGGAUUCAAAGUUUAUUUUACCAAUGCUUGGUGUUGGUUGGAUUUCGUCAUUGUUAUGGUGUCGUUGAUUAAUUUUAUUGCAUCAUUAUGCGGAGCCGGAGGUAUUCAAGCUUUCAAAACAAUGAGAACUCUCAGAGCUCUACGUCCACUAAGAGCCAUGUCGAGAAUGCAGGGAAUGAGAGUUGUAGUUAAUGCUCUUGUACAAGCAAUACCUUCUAUCUUUAAUGUACUGUUGGUCUGUCUAAUAUUUUGGCUGAUUUUUGCUAUUAUGGGUGUGCAGUUAUUCGCCGGAAAAUAUUUCAAGUGCGUAGACCAAAAUGGAACCACACUUCCUCAUGAAAUAAUACCAGAUGUCAAUGCAUGUAUAGCUGAAAAUUUAUCGUGGGAUAAUUCACCUAUGAACUUCGAUCAUGUUGGCAAAGCUUACCUUUGUCUCUUUCAAGUUGCAACAUUUAAAGGAUGGAUUCAAAUAAUGAACGAUGCCAUUGAUUCUAGAGAAGUUGGAAAACAACCAAUUCGUGAAACAAAUAUAUAUAUGUAUUUAUAUUUUGUAUUCUUCAUCAUUUUUGGUUCCUUUUUCACACUCAAUCUUUUCAUUGGUGUUAUCAUUGACAAUUUUAAUGAGCAAAAGAAAAAAGCAGGCGGUUCAUUAGAAAUGUUUAUGACUGAAGAUCAGAAAAAGUACUAUAACGCAAUGAAGAAGAUGGGUUCGAAAAAGCCGAUGAAAGCGAUUCCAAGACCAAAAUGGAGACCACAAGCGAUAGUGUUCGAAAUAGUAACAGACAAAAAAUUCGAUAUGAUUAUCAUGCUCUUCAUCGGGUUCAACAUGUUAACUAUGACUUUAGAUCAUUAUCAACAAACAGAAAUCUUUACUAUGAUUUUGGACUACCUGAAUAUGAUCUUUAUAGCAAUUUUCAGCAGUGAAUGCCUUAUGAAAAUAUUUGCUCUACGAUAUCACUAUUUUGUUGAGCCGUGGAACUUAUUCGACUUUGUUGUAGUCAUACUCUCAAUAUUAGGACUUGUUUUAAGUGACUUGAUCGAAAAAUAUUUUGUCUCACCGACACUUUUACGUGUUGUAAGAGUAGCAAAAGUUGGACGAGUACUUCGGUUAGUCAAAGGAGCAAAAGGAAUAAGAACGCUGUUAUUUGCCUUAGCAAUGUCACUUCCAGCUCUGUUUAACAUCUGUCUGUUACUGUUUUUGGUGAUGUUCAUUUUUGCCAUAUUCGGGAUGUCUUUUUUUAUGCACGUUAAGGACAAGAGUGGCUUAGAUGAUGUUUACAACUUUAAGACUUUUGGUCAAAGCAUGAUUCUGCUAUUUCAGAUGUCCACCUCUGCUGGCUGGGAUGGUGUUCUAGAUGGAAUUAUCAAUGAAGAAGAAUGCGAAAAACCUGAUAAUGAUAAAGGAAAUCCAGGCAAUUGUGGCUCAGCAACUGUAGGAAUUACAUUUUUGCUAUCAUAUUUGGUCAUCAGCUUUCUAAUUGUCAUAAACAUGUACAUUGCUGUUAUUUUGGAGAACUACUCACAAGCUACUGAGGAUGUCCAAGAGGGAUUAACUGAUGAUGAUUACGAUAUGUACUAUGAAAUUUGGCAACAGUUUGACCCAGAAGGUACCCAAUACAUCAGAUAUGAUCAAUUAUCUGACUUCCUCGAUGUGUUGGAACCACCUUUGCAAAUCCACAAACCGAACAAAUUCAAGAUUAUAUCUAUGGAUAUUCCCAUCUGUAGAGGAGACAUGAUGUUUUGUGUAGAUAUUUUAGAUGCUCUUACAAAAGACUUUUUUGCACGAAAAGGAAAUGCGAUUGAAGAAACUGCAGAAUUAAGUGAAGUGCAGCCAAGACCAGAUGAGGUAGGAUAUGAACCUGUUUCAUCAACGCUAUGGAGACAAAGAGAAGAGUAUUGCGCCAGAUUGAUUCAACAUGCAUGGCGAAAACAUAAAAAGCACAAGGAUGAUGGACACGAUGGUACUGGUGAUGAGACGGAUUAUGAUACUGGCGGAGGUGAAGUAACUGAUGAUAAUGAUCUGAGUAGGAGAGAUGAUAUAUUUUCUUCAAAGGACAACGACGGAAGUGGCAACGGUAGACAAACUGCAGUUUUGGUCGAUAGUGAUGGGUAUGUGACAAAAAACGGACACCGAGUAGUAAUUCAUUCGCGUUCUCCAAGUAUCACAUCUAAAACGGCAGAUGUGUGAGAUUUACUUCGCCAAUAAAUGAUAUAUAUUAUCAUUUGGAUAAGACGGAUUCAAUCAAAAAAUUACAUACUUUAAUUUAAAAAAAACGGCGAGAUGUUAAUUUCACUUUUUUUUUUACCAAAAAGUAGCAUAUCUGAUGAAUAGAUAGUUUAAAAUAAAUAACAAUCAAAUGGUCAAAAGACUCAAACGAUUAAUUGUUUAGCUAUGCUGAAAAAUAAAUAUAUUGUGCGCGAUACUAAAUAAUAUCUUAAAUUGUUAACAAAAACUACAAAAUAUUACAUAUAUGUAAAAUAUGUUGGUUUUCGCGAUGUAAGCGAAAAAAAAUUGCUUGUACAAAACUCAAUUUGAUAAAUUUUAAUGCUA